CCUUCCCCCUCCCGGGCCGCGCGGUGUCCGCGCGCCGCGCCGUCCCGCCCUCCCCUGCCGCGUGACCUCGGCGCUCCGCAGCCAUUAUCCCGAUUAUCCCGGGCCAGACCCCGGGACCGGGCCAGGAGCGGGCAGGCGCCGUCACUGCCCUGCCGCGGGCCGCCGCUUCCCGCGGGAGCCGGGCCGAGCCGGCGUCGCUCCUCCCCGCGCCUGGACGGCGCCCCGGGAACCGAAGACAAAAUCUGAAAUGGUCCGAUACACUACUGUGCUCCUUCAGAGACUCAUGCUUGCUGAUGAUGAGAAGUAAAAACUUAAUCUUAAUAAAGCAUAUAUUUUGUAGAAAUUGGAAAUAUCUUGGUCACUACUAGUGAAUGGAAUCUGUAUUGCUGAAAGCACAAAUAGGGAGUUUUGAAAAAAUUGCUUCAUUGGCACCAACUAACAGUUUGAGCUGGGCAAUUUCAAAAGAAAAUGGUAAUGGGUCAAAGUUUUUAUUAAUUAAAUUGGGGAUUUUUAGCCACUGAUCUGAAAACAAAAAGAAAAGGAGUAUAUCUACUGAGAAAAAUGGGUCGAUCUAACUCUAGAUCACAUUCUUCAAGAUCAAAGUCCAGAUCUCAGUCCAGCUCUAGGUCAAGAUCCAGAUCACAUUCAAGGAAAAAGAGAUACAGUUCUAGGUCUCGGUCAAGGACGUAUUCACGAUCUCGCAGCAGGGAUCGUGUUUAUUCUAGAGAUUAUCGCAGAGAUUACAGAAAUAAUAGAGGAAUGAGACGUCCCUAUGGUUACAGAGGAAGAGGUAGAGGGUAUUAUCAAGGAGGAGGUGGUAGAUACCAUCGUGGAGGUUAUAGGCCUGUCUGGAACCGAAGACACUCCAGAAGCCCUAGACGUGGCCGUUCACGUUCCAGAAGUCCAAAACGAAGGUCUGUGUCUUCCCAGAGGUCCCGGAGCAGAUCUCGUCGAUCUUACAGAUCUUCCAGGUCCCCGAGGUCCUCUUCAUCUCGUUCUUCAUCCCCAUACAGCAAAUCACCUGUCUCUUCCAAAAGACGUGCGUCUCUGGAAAAGCAGGCAAAGAAAACUGAAGGGGCUCCUUUGCAAGAUAGCCCCUUGAAAAAUAAAUCACAAGAUGAACAGAAAGAUACAUUUGAACAUGACCCAUCAGAGUCUCUUGACGAUUUUAACAAAUCAGCAGCAGCUUCUGGCGACAUUUGGCCUGGCCUAUCAGCGUAUGAUAACAGUCCAAGGUCACCCCAUAGUCCUUCUAUUGCCACCCCACCUAGUCAGAGUUCAUCUUGCUCUGAUGCCCCUUUGCUUAGCACAGCCCACUCAGCAAAGGACACACCUCAACAUUCCCAUUCCAUUCAGCAUAGUCCUGAGAGGUCUGGCUCUGGUUCUCUUGGAAAUGGUUCUAGCCGUUAUAGCCCUUCUCAGAAUAGCCCAUUGCAUCAUAUCCCUUCGAGGAGAAGCCCUGCAAAGACAAUCCCAUCACAGAGUGCCCCCCGUGAGGAAGCUCGAGUGCGGUCAUUUUAUCCUGAGGGUGGCGAACAGGAAGCUGCAAAAGGUGGAAAGUUUAUGAAAAGGUACACAGAUGAAGAGUCUAGAGUAUACCUGCUUGAUAGGGGUAAUACCAGGGAGAAGGAGGCCCAGAAGGAGAGAGGAUCAGAAAAAGGGAGGACAGAGGGAGAAAGGGAAUGGGAGGAACAGGAAACUUUAGAUUUUUUCAUUGAUAAAGAGACUGGGAAAGAAAAGUUUAAUGACUCUGAAGGGGAGGACACAGAGGAGACAGAGGAUUACAGACAGUUCAGAAAGUCUGUCCUGGCAGAUCAGGGUAAAAAUUUUCCUACUGCAUCUCACCGGAAUGCUGAGGAGGAAGGAACCAAAUACAAAUCUAAAAUAUCAAUCAAGGGCAAUAGAGAGAGCGAUGGAUUUAGAGAUGAGAAAAGUUAUAAGCUUAAAGAGACUGGCUAUGUAGUGGAAAGGCCUAGUGCAACAAAAGAUAAGCACAAGGAAGAAGACAAGAGUUCUGAGAGGCUAAUGAUGAAGAAAGAAACUCAGUCACCUGAGCAGGUAAAGUCUGAAAAGCUCAAAGAACUCUUUGAUUACAGUCCCCCUCUACACAAGAAUCUGGAUGCGAGAGAAAAAUCCACCUUCAGAGAGGAGAGCCCACUUAGGAUCAAAAUGAUAGCCAGUGACUCCCAUCGUCCUGAAGUUAAACUCAAAAUGGCACCAGUACCUCUUGAUGAUUCCAAUAGACCUGCUUCCUUGACUAAAGACAGGCUGCUUGCUAGCACACUUGUUCAUUCCAUCAAGAAGGAGCAAGAGUUCCGAUCCAUCUUUGACCACAUUAAGUUGCCACAGGCCAGCAAAAGCACGUCAGAGUCAUUUAUUCAGCACAUUGUGUCCUUGGUUCAUCAUGUCAAAGAGCAAUACUUCAAGUCAGCUGGAAUGACCCUAAAUGAGAGGUUCACUGCGUAUCAAAAAGCCACUGAAGAACACAGCACCCGACAAAAGAGCCCAGAAAUACAUAGGAGGAUUGACAUCUCUCCAAGUACCCUGAGGAAGCAUACUCGUUUAGCAGGUGAAGAGAGAGUCUUUAAAGAAGAAAGUCAAAAAGGAGAUAAAAAAUUAAGGUGUGAUUCAGCUGAUCUUCGUCAUGACAUUGACCGACGUAGAAAAGAACGAAGUAAAGAGCGAGGAGACUCAAAGGGUUCCAGGGAAUCCAGUGGGUCAAGAAAGCAGGAGAAAACUCCAAAAGAUUACAAGGAUUACAAAUCUUACAAAGAUGACAGUAAACAAAAAAGAGAUCAAGACCGUGCUAGGUCCUCCCCAUCUUCCUCCCCAUCUUCUUCUUCAUCCAGUUCUCGAGAAGAAAAAGAUUGCAAGAAGGAAAGAGAUGAAGAGUUCAAAACCCACCAUGAACAGAAAGAAUACUCUGGUUUUGCAGGAGUCAACAGGCCAAGAGGCACCUUUUUUCGAAUUAGGGGCAGAGGAAGAGCCAGAGGAGUCUUUGCUGGAACAAAUACUGGUCCCAGCAACUCAAAUACUACUUUUCAGAAGAGACCGAAGGAAGAGGAAUGGGAUCCUGAAUAUACCCCAAAAAGCAAGAAAUACUUCUUGCACGAUGACAGAGAUGAUGGUGUGGAUUAUUGGGCCAAAAGAGGAAGAGGCCGUGGUACUUUCCAGCGUGGCAGAGGGCGUUUUAACUUCAAAAAGUCAGGUAGCAGUCCGAAGUGGACACAUGACAAAUAUCAAGGGGAUGGCAUUGUGGAAGAUGAAGAAGAAACGAUUGAGAAUAAUGAAGAAAAGGACAGACGCAAAGAGGAAAAGGAAUAACCCUGGAAGAAAGUUGUAGCUGAAAGAGCAGCUGUUGCACCACCCUCACAACAUUUUUAAUAUGUUUUUUUGUUGUCAAAUGAAUGUAAGCAUUUUACUUAAAUUUUACUGUUGGAAAGUAGUUUAGGGGGAUUGUUUUUGUUUUAAGCCUUUAGAAAAAAAUCAUGAUACAGUAAACUAUGUUAAUGAUCGUACAGGUAGAAAGUAAAAUAUUUGUAACAACUUUUAAGAAAUUUUACUGUUUGUUAUAUGCAGUGUAAUUCUGCUUUGUCCAAAUAUAUGGUCAAGUACAACUGAAAGUUUUGAUUCUCCCCUAUGUCUGUGUUUUAUUCUGAAGUAAACUUACAGUUCUGCACACCUGAAA